UCCGUCUGUUUCUUAUUACUCCUUAUCAAUAUCAGCCCCGUGCAAACAGAUCGGCAGAACGUAAGCAAGGGAUACUUACUGCGAUUAGAGAGAGCGCGUGUGAGAGUGAGAGAGAGGGGCUGGGAUAGCCAUGAAGUUGCAGGCGGUGAUGGAAAACCUGCAGAGGCAGCAGCGUGCGCGCCUCGAGCUCGAGGCCCGGCAACAGCAGAACGAGCAGCAUCACCAGCAACAGCCCCAGUCCUCGCGUGCGCGCCUUCAGCUCCAGGCCCAACAACAACAGCAGCAGCAGCAAAUUCAAAUGGAGCAGCGCGAGCCUCGCAGGCUAACGGCCGAGUUUUCCAACGACAACAAGAUCCUGGUGAUUGCGCAGCAGAGCAUCGCUGCUCAGCAAACAGCAGCACUGGCCGCCAUGAGAGCAGCGGCAGCCGCCACAGGGACUGACGUUUCAGCCCAACGCGUUCUCGACGAAGGAGACGAAGAGGAACUGGGUAUGGAACGAGGCGAUAGCCCGAGGCUUUCCGAAACCAGCGAGGCCUUAUCUGGGGGAGAUGAAAUGGAUCGAGGAGAAGAAGAGGAAGAGACCGCGGAGCCGCGUUAUCCCGAUCCUUUAGGAUCCGAGGAAGACAUGGCUGCUGAGGAGGAAGAAGAAUUCGAGGAUGAGAUGGCUGAGGAAGGAGGUAGCGGAGUUAAAGAGAGGGGAAUGCACCACUCUGGUGAGGUGCAUCGUUUGCCCGGGCAGCGGCGCCCUAUAACUGGGCUCCCUUGCCAGCCACACCCGCAGAUGCAAGUCCAGGAUCAGGCCGAGUGGACAUAUGAGGAACAGUUUAAACAGCUCUAUGAGCUAGACAAUGAUCCAAGAAGGAAAGAAUUUUUGGAUGACCUUUUCAGUUUCAUGCAGAAGCGAGGAACUCCAGUUAAUCGGAUUCCCAUUAUGGCUAAGCAGGUUUUGGACCUCUAUAUGCUCUACGCACUGGUCACUGAGAAAGGAGGCCUAGUGGAAGUCAUUAAUAAGAAGCUUUGGAGGGAGAUUACCAAAGGUCUCAACCUACCCACCUCUAUCACAAGUGCUGCCUUUACACUCAGAACUCAAUAUAUGAAAUACCUUUAUCCAUAUGAAUGUGAGAAGAGAGGACUGAGCUCUCCAAAUGAACUGCAGGUUGCUAUUGAUAGCAAUCGACGAGAGGGUCGAAGACAUGGCUUUGGAUCACCACUUUAUAGCUAUUCUCCUAGUGGAACGUCAUCAGUGUUAUCCUCCCCAAAAUUGCAAGUGCCUACACUAAAUUUGACAACAACUAAUGGCAGCUCUAUAAAUCAGCUGGUAAAAAUAAAGAAAGAGGAGGAUUCAAUUAUUCCACUGUCUUUGGGAGGUCGUCUACCUGUGUCACUGACUGGUCACCAGGUAGCAGCAGCGCAGGCUGCUGCAGCACAGGCUGUAGUUGCUGCACAAGCUACAGCAUUAGAUCAAUUGAGAGAGAAAUUGGAGUCUGGAGAGCCUCCAGAGAAGAAGAUGGUAGUUGGGGUGGAUGAGCAGCAACGGUUGAUGCAACGUGCUAUCCAACAGAAUCUACUUGCCAUGACAGCUCAGAUACCAAUGAACAUCAGAAUCAACAGUCAAGCAGACCGCCAAGAAUCAGCAUUGAACCUGACAACAAAUGGCAUGAGCAGUAUCAGUAUGUCAGUGGAGAUCAAUGGGGUUGUUUACACAGGUGUUCUGUUUGGUCAAGGACCUGGUAUAUCUGGUGCUUCGAGCAUCAAAGGAAAUAACAAGAAUAACAAUUCUCAGGGUACACCUAGCCUGCCUGUACCUCGCACACCUACCUCCUCCUCAUCACAUACUUCAAACAACUCUUCACCAUGAGGCUGCAGCUGUAAUAAUGCCAACUUCAGCAUAGUGCAUCACCACCAACACUUUAAAAGGAGUUCUCAGGCUUUUAACUCUCAAGGAAAGUAACUUUUGAUGACCAGAGGUUUCAAUUGAAUGGCUAAAAUGGCCAACAGUUAAACAUAAUACAUACUCUGCUUAUAAACUUUCUUGGGUCACUGAAUGAGAUCCAGAA